GAGGGACCAGGGAAAUGGACAUCGCUUGACGCUGAAGUGUUAAUGCAGGAGGAUGAGAUCUGUGGAACUUCCAACCCAACUCCUCACCAAGUGCUGCUGGACACCCGAUUUGAGCUGCCCUUUGAUAUCCCAGAAGACGAGGCUCAGUACUGGACCAGUAAACUGGAUCGGGUCAAUACCAUGCGGAUACAUGACGAGUAUCCACUGCAGGACGAGGUCCAGAGAACACGAAUGGCUUCUGUUCCCUCUCAGUGCUGCAAUUGGAGUUAUUUCGGAUGGAAUGAACAGCAGACUUUGGAUGACCAUGACAGUGCAGUGGAUGACCGCGACAGUGACUACCGCAGUGAAACUGGCAACAGACCUCCACGGUUCCACAACACCUCCCAGACAAAUUCAUCAGUGCACCAGUACCCUAUAGGACGCAGGGUCCCACAUCACACCCUUUCCAGGGAGUCGGACUCUAUUCAAAGCUAUGAGCUAGACUAUAGAGAAAUGAGGCAGCCCAGUCCACCGGACUGCAGUCGCUUUGAUUCAUCAGGCAACCUCAGCCCGGCCAGCUCCCAGCUCAGCUCUGAACCUGAGGAGCGGCGAGAUCCAGAGAACCUGCGCAGCACUCUGAGACCACCUCAUGAAAGCCAGAAGUCUUCCUGGAAUGAAGAAGAAAAUGAGGAAGAGUUUGAGAAAGAGCUGCAUCCGCUCCCAGAGCCUGGUUCCAACAAAGACUUGCAUGAAUCUUUGAUAAUUCUUCCUAAGCCAAUCCUUGACAACCAGGAUAAGGCUAAAAUGUGUUUCUUUGAAGAUGGCCCUCCACCCUGCUCUCCAUCCAAAGUUCGCUGGCUGAAAGCGUACAACAAAGUCAGAGUACAGCUCCUUGAGAGCCGAGAUCAAGAUGGUGACCCCAACAAGCACGCAUGGGCCAAGCCAGGGGGAAACACACCGUUUGGCAUUGACAGUAUGCCAGACCUCCGCAAGAGGAGGCCCAUUCCCCUUGUUAGUGAACUGGCUAUGUCUAUAAUACAAUCCAGGAAAGCUGGACUCGCCCACACACUGGCCACACGGACGUCCUUGAAAGACGAAGAGCUUAAAAACCAUGUGUACAAGAAGACCCUGCAGUCUUUGAUCUACCCCAUCUCCUGCACCACUCCACACAAUUUUGAGGUCUGGACGGCUACUACACCCACCUACUGCUACGAGUGUGAGGGUCUGCUGUGGGGCAUCGCCCGGCAGGGUAUGCGCUGUGCAGAGUGUGGGGUCAAAGUGCAUGAGAAGUGCCAAGAGCUGCUGAACGCCGACUGUCUGCAGAGGGCGGCCGAGAAGAGCUCCAAAACCGGGGCGGAGGACCGGACGCAGCACAUCAUCAUGGCCAUGAAGGACAGGAUGAAGAUCCGCGAGAGGAACAAACCGGAGAUCUUCGAUGAAAUCCGAAGCGUGUUCAAUAUCUCCAAAACGAUCCACGUCCAGCACAUGAAGAGCAUCAAGCAGAGCGUCCUGGACGGCACCUCCAAGUGGUCGGCCAAGAUCAUCAUCAACA